CCAUCUCCAGUCCUUGAUAUUAACGGCGAUAAAGUCCGAGCUGGUUUGAACUACUUCGUAUUACCAGUGAUACGAGGAAGAGGGGGCGGGUUUUUCCCAUCCAACGUUAAACAAAACAAUACUUGUCCUAGGGACAUUAUUCAAGACGCCAACGAGGUCCAACAAGGAUUGCCUGUGGUUUUCACCCCAGUGGAUCCAAAAAAAGGCGUAGUUCGUCUAUCCACUGACCUUAAUGUCAGGUUUUUUACUCAAACUAUUUGUGCAAGAGAGACUAUUUGGAAAGUUGGUGAGUAUAAUGAUAAGUUGAAGCAGUACUUUGUGGUUACUGGUGGAGUUGAAGGGAAUCCACGGCCUCAAACUGUGAGCAAUUGGUUCAAGAUUGAGAAACUUGGGUCGGAUUAUAAGUUUGUGCUCUGUCCUAGUGUGUGCACGUUUUGUAAGGUUAUUUGCAAAGAUGUUGGGAUUUUCAUUCAGGAUGGUGUUAGGUUUUUGGCUCUCAGUGACACUCCAUUUAGGGUCAUGUUCAAGAAGACUUUCUGAUCCAAUGUACCUUUCUGUGUUUUCAGUUUUAUGGCGUGUGGUCAUUUUCCUCUAAUUUAGUUUCUGUUGUAAUCUCGGUUGCUUUUCGGUUUGUGAUGCAACUUAAUAUUAGCUGUUUGAUUUUCCGCUCCAA